AUGGCGAGCGUGCAGCCGCCGGGCUUCCCCGUGUCCGUCAACGUGGCUCGCUUCGACGUGGAUGGCGCCCCGACUGAUGUGGUGGUGUCAAAGUACGAGGACUGCGUAAUGCUGGUGGCCUCCCAGAUAGGCGCCUUCGGAACCAUCCUCAGCGCCAGCUGCCCAGCUCUGCUCCGCAUCACAACAUGGCUCAACCUGGGCGGCAGGCCGGACGCGUCUGCCGAGGGCCGCACCACCUACAGCACGACUGUGCUGCUGGGCAAGAGGGACGAGCCAUUACUCACACUGGCGGCGCGGCAGCUGGUCGAGGCGUCCGUGGAGGCCGGCAACACGCGGCCGUUGACGGUCAGCCUAGGCCUGAAGCAUCACACCCUGGGGGGCGUCAAGCAGCUAGUGGGGGCCAUCAAGGACGGCGGCCUGCUGCGGUGA